AAACAAGAGACUUUACUCAGAAGAAGAGUGAUCGGAAACAUCAUCAUCAUCGGCGAUGGGUUGGCUAACGAGAUUUCUAACAGCGGUAGCGUUUUUAGCCGCCGGAGUUAUAUUCUCACCGGAGACAUUCGGAUCAUUAUCCAAGGGCGAGAAUUCAGCGAAGGUUUUGAUAAUCGUGAAGCUAGCUCAUCUACUCAGCUUCUCUACUGCUUGGGGAGCUGCUCUCUGGGCUACCUUCAUCGGCGGAAUCAUCAUGUUCAAGAACUUACCGAGGCAUCAGUUUGGUAACCUACAGAGCAAGAUGUUUCCAGCUUAUUUCACUCUUGUUGGUUCUUGCUGCGCUAUUUCACUCUCUGCUUUUGGUUACUUGCAUCCAUGGAAGUCAUCUUCUACUGUGGAGAAGUAUCAGCUUGGGUUCCUUGUCUCUGCUUUUGCUUUCAAUCUCACCAAUUUGUUUAUCUUCACUCCCAUGACCAUUGAUAUGAUGAAGCAAAGGCACAAAGUAGAGAGAGAGAACAACAUUGGAGAUGAAGUUGGUUGGUCCAAGAACAGAGAGAAGGCUAAGACUAUCCCUAAGCUAGCUGCCAUGAACAAGAAGUUUGGUAUGAUUCACGGGUUGUCAUCGUUAGCUAAUAUCUUUUCUUUUGGAAGCCUUGCCAUGCAUUCUUGGUACCUUGCUGGGAAGAUGGAUCUCUAAGCUUUUAUGCCCACUUAAUCAAUAAGCAUUGUAAGAUUAUCAUAUCAGAAAGAGGAGACUUAUUACUGUGAAAUUGUGUUACAGUUUGCUAAGAUAAUAACGUUUUUUCUUCUUUUAAACUGUAGAUGUUCUUUUUUUCUGAAUAAUUGAUGUGUGAAUGCUAUUACAGAAGAGUAAUGCCUACGUUUUACUUAAAGAAACUAAAAAAAUGUGCGUGUGAAUGGUGGAGUACUACACCAUAGACACUCAUAGUUAACAAUCUAAUUGGGAGGAAGAAGAUGAUCACUAGUUGACUACUCCUUGAUGCGACGAAUCUAGCUAUGAGUUUCAAGGAAUCUCUCCCAGUACAUAUAAUGUUCACGAUUAAGAACCUGGCCCGCCAUUGAUCCCGCUCUGCCUUUAUCUGCUUCAGCUCCUUGCGGAUCACAUGCCUCAAUGCUUUCAGGUAAGAGCUCAUGUCAUGGUUUCUUUUGAUUUUUCCUUCAGACCCAUAAGAGCGACGGUCGCUGAGUAUCUCUAGAGGGUGUGGUGAGUUGAAGAACACGCUCUUUGCUGCCCUUAGUCCCUUUUCUGUGUCAUUGGUGUUCUUAGAUGUUAAGACAUAGAGACCACUUCCUGGUGGAAGGAGAGGGUGUGGUGGAGAGAAUCUCUCGGAUGGUUGCAGAAUUAGAAGCUUUCCCAUUGGUGAAUACAACAGAUUCUGCAGAAAAAAGACAUAAGAGUAAGUCAAGAAGCAAUGGUCUGGAUCAAAACAGGUUAAGACAUUACAUGGUUAUUGAGACAAGGAUGGUUGCGGAAGUUUCUAUUCAACGCCUUGAGAAGCUUUGCAGCUCGGAUAGGGUAACUGCAAGAGAAUGCUCGAGGAACAAUAUCUCUAUGCAUUGAGAUUCCAAGAAGAUGACUCUUAGGCAACCCGAGUUUCUGAAGAAGCCUAUCGCCUCCACACAUGAUGCAAGGUGAACCAAAGGUGAUCACCGGAAGCAGAGAAGAAGCUGGAACUUGACCUCUGAUCAGAAGCAUGAGGUUCACUAACAACGACAAGCUUCCUCCUAGAGAGUGUCCACUAAACCGAAGAAAAGCACGGUUCUUGCCACGGGAGUUGAGAUGGGCAUGAACUUCCGGUAACAUCUGCUCGUAGAUUCCUUUCGCAGCUUCGUAUAUGCCUCUGUGGACAGGCACAUCAAAGUCCUCAAAUGGGACUGGCUCGAACAGAAGGUUCGCUUGCCAUGAGGCCAAUGAAUCUGAUCCCUGUUAGAAGACGAGUCUUGAGCAAUCUUUUGGCAUAUCUCAAAUACCAUUAAAGAGUAAAAUUACCUGAAUAAAGAAGAACCUUGUGCCAGUUUUGUCAUCAUCGCAUACGUACCACUCACAAGGCGGUGAAUGGUUGGACUUGAGAUCAUCAGCGACCGCCUGCUUAGCUUCCUCUUCUGCUGCCACAACAGCUGUAACCGAAUCAGCAGUGGCCAUUAGAGACGCUUCUUCCUCUCGACGUCCGAAAGGAAGCACAGAUUUUGAAUGGGAGAAGAGACGAGAUGCUGCAGAAGCAGCUAUUCUGUAAGCAGCAGCUGGAUUGAUAAGCUUCUUCUCCUCCUCCUCCUCCUCCUCGUCUUUCUCGCCAUUGCUAUUCUCAUCAUUUUGAUCAAGACUCAACCUCUUCUCGAUUGAAGAAGUCACGAAUCUAAGUUUCUGAUAUUUCAACAGAUUCUCAGGCUGUAACAAAUGAAAAAACUAAAAAUCAGAAACACACAACACGUC